UUUCAGUCCCAGGCCAAUGGAAGGGGCACAAGGCCAGAACUCGUUAAUCUUCAGUCGCCUCGCCCUGGCUACUCCAACAAACUCUCGGUUCCAUUGUCACCAACUUCACUGGUUUACGCUCUUUCCGGCUGUUAGCUUGAACGAAUCUUUAUUUCGCCCCAGCUUUGAGUAGUAACGGCCAUCACCAAGAAGGAUCCGGCUCCUUGUCGCUUUGCUGCUGUUAGUGUUAACCGCACUGCAACCCUCGACUAGACACUGGGAUCGUUGUUUGGUGUGAAUCGCGACCUUGAAUGUGCCGCAUUACGGUCACCUCCACUCUAUCGGCUCAAGAAAUCUCAUUUGAUGUUUGCUUCGAACCUAGGAUGACCUUUCUGGUCUGGGUAAAAAACGAUAGGCUUUCUCACAUCUCUCUGCCAGACUCGAGAUGUGGUCAAUUAUCCUUGGAUCGUACUUCUUUCUCGUGCAACUCGCACAAGCCCGUGAUCCUGCACCUGUUUUGUUGCCUUCUGGUGGUUGGACUGGAAGCGAUGGCAAUUGGUCUACCAUCUCAUUUUCCCUGGGUUCAAACUCACAGGCCAUUGAGGUUCUGGUGAGCACGGCUCUCUCCGAAUUCUGGGCCAUUGGACCGGGAGGUUGUCUACCCAAGGAGCCUCACUGUAUCGCCGCUCGGGGAGGCAUCUAUAAUCCUCAACAAUCUAGCGAUUGGAGCCCCUUAGGUACAUGGCAGUUAGGUUUAAGCUAUCUUGGUUACGAUGGGAAUGGCAACUACGGGCGUGAUGUUAUCAGCACGCAAAGCCCUCUCAAUGAUGAUCCGUAUACCAUGGACGGUGUGCUAAUAGCGACCAUAAACACGACCAACUACUUGAACGGUCUCUUUGGUUUGGGGAUCACACAGAGUAACUUCAAUGGCACUGUGGCGGAUUCACCAUUGACCCAAGCAGUUGGAACGUAUGGACUGAUUCCAAGCUACAGCUUCGGAUAUACAGCUGGAGCAUACUACAGAAACACACCUGUAUCCUUGACUCUUGGAGGCGUCGAAGCGCCAAGGUUUAAACAGCACGAUAACGUCUUCACGCUCAGCCAGGAAGAUAACCUGGAGCGCCCUAUGGUACGUGGCAUUCAGAUCACACCUGCCGAAGGCCAAGAUGUUCCUAGUUCUUGGGAAUCUCAACAACCUUUGCUCUCCCAAUGGAACUCAUCUUUCUUCGCCAUCAUCGAUAGCAGCACUCCCUACCUGUGGCUACCAGACGAGGCUUGCGAUCAAUUUGCCCAAGCUCUUAACUUGACGUAUAACAGUACCUUCGAACUUUACACCCUAAGUGACGAUCAGUACCGUGACUAUACAAAUGACGAGUCAUUCGAACUUACCUUUGUGCUUUCAAGCUUUGACGAUAACGAUAACUUUGGCAACCCUUACAAUGUACCAGGUAUCGUCAAUAUUACCAUACCUUUGAGAGCCUUUGUAGGCUUACUGCAAUAUCCUUUCAUGCCUGAUACGAUCCAAUAUGGUGACCCAGCAAUCCCUUACUUUAUGCUAAGAAAGGCGAAGAAUAGCGGCUCCUACAUACUAGGCCGUUCCUUUCUACAGGAGUCCUACCUUAUAACGAAGUAUGAUGAGGGCGUCUUCUCAAUCCAUCAAGCUCUUUUCCCUGACGAGCCACCGACAAACUCGGAACUGACGGCCAUCGAACAGUCUGACGACAGUCCCUAUCCUCCACCAUAUGCAGAGGAUGAAGGUGGGCUUUCAGAUGGACAGGUAAUUGGAAUAGGAGUGGGUGUUGGGUUGGGUGUCUUCGUCGUCUGUGCAGCAACUUUGUUUGUGUCGUUGUACUUUAGACGCAAACGCAAGCGAGCAGCCAAAGGAAAUGACCUGCCAGCAGAGGAUCAGGAUCUUACGCCAAAUAGCGCAUCGCGAUCACCCAAAUCCCCUUUGGUCAUAUUGUUUUCGAAAAUUCUCGGACGAAACUCCUCGACUCGGCAAGCAGGAGAUGGCAUCAAUGAUAGAGAAAAGGUUGCCGAAGCUCCCGAUACUCAAAUCCACGAGAUGUCAGCACCACUUCCAGUAGCAGAACUCGAUGGCGAUGAUGGCAUGUCAUGGAACGAUGAUACGGAGAUGGGUACCGACAGCACGCAUAACAUGACUGCCUACGAGAUAGCCCGGAGGAAAUUGGAGAAACAACUCCAGGGACCAGUCCCAACAUAUACCCCCCCUGCUGACGGGACGAAGAUACCCGCAGAGAAAGCCAUAUACCUACCAGACCCAACAAAUGGUCCACCUGUGGCCCUACAACUAUCGCCAUCAACAUCUCUAAAAACAACACAACAAGGGGGUACGAAUACAAGCUCGAUACCGCUGCCAUCUCCACUCACUCCGGGCUUCGAUGCGAAUGGCCGUCCCAUCGAGGCACCUUCUCCAACUACUAUACCAGUAUCGCCAACUGCCGACAGUAUUUCAUUACCAAACUCACCCCUUUCUCCGACUUCGGACCACUAUACCAUUAACUCCAUGGCAAUAGGUGGAACUCAUUCAGAACUUGAACCUCACUCUUCAUCGAAACCAUCAAACGAGCUACAACAGCGAGCAGUUCAACGGACACCCAUUGAUCCAUCAAAUGUUGUAUUUCUUGGGGCAUUGCCCAAGAACGCGCGCUUCUCCCGCCACGCCGCUCCACAAAUUCUAUCAGAUGAAGACUAUCAAGCCACUGAUGAGUCCUCGCAUCGGCACGGCUCUGUUGAUACUCUGGGAAGUAACUUCACUGUCGACGAGGAAAGACACAGCGCAGAUGGACCAUCGAGGCGGUUGGUUCUAGGUGCAAACGGCUCGUCCGUGAAUUCUGUGAUAGAAGAUCCCCCACAAAAUCCUUCGACAGAUCAGCCUGAUAUUUCACAAAGCCGAGAGCGCAUCAAUCCUGGCGAGGAUUUGGUUCAUGUACCGCAACUGGCUGAAAGGCGUUAUAGCUGGGAGUAAUGAGCUGGUUGCAGUGCGCCUUAUUCUCAUAAUGACGAGGCUAGCAGGAGAAUCCUGGCUUUGCCGACGAGAAACACGGAAGGGACGAGGUCUACGGACUGGCCUGGUAUCGGCCGUGGUCAGCGCGAUAUCCAACUGAUUCAAGUAAUGCCACAGAUUGCCAGAGUAAUAUCUGGCCCGGACUGGCUAAAACACCCAGUCCAUUGAGGCUGGUAUACCGUUUUCUUUUUCGAAUUUGCAUGAGCGAGCGUUAUGAUUUGUCUUGAUAUGUCAGUCUUAAAUACAAAAGAGAAGGAUAGUUCUUAUUCAAUUUAUAAUCAACCACAUAA